CGCUGUGAGAGCGGCGCGCUCAUGCACAGUUUCGGCAUCUUCCUGCAGGGGCUGCUCGGCGUCGUGGCCUUCAGCACGUUGAUGCUUAAACGCUUCAGAGAACCAAAGCAUGAAAGACGUCCGUGGAGGAUAUGGUUUUUAGACACUUCCAAACAAGCCAUAGGAAUGCUGUUCAUCCACUUUGCAAAUGUGUACCUAGCAGAUCUCACUGAAGAGGACCCUUGUUCAUUGUACCUCAUCAACUUCCUCCUGGAUGCCACUGUGGGCAUGCUGCUCAUCUACGUGGGCGUGCGUGCCGUCAGUGUCUUGGUGGAGUGGCAGCAGUGGGAGUCCCUGCGUUUUGGCGAAUACGGAGACCCUCUGCAGUGCGGAGCCUGGGUCGGGCAGUGUGCUCUUUACAUCGUGAUCAUGAUUUUUGAAAAAUCUGUCGUCUUCAUCAUCCUCCUAAUACUUCAGUGGAAAAAGGUGGCCCUGUUGAACCCCAUUGAAAACCCAGACCUGAAGCUGGCCAUCGUCAUGCUGAUCGUCCCCUUCUUUGUCAAUGCUUUGAUGUUUUGGGUAGUAGACAAUUUCCUCAUGAGAAAGGGGAGGACGAAAGCUAAGCUAGAAGAAAGGGGAGCCAACCAGGACUCAAGGAAUGGGAGCAAGGUCCGCUACCGAAGGGCCGCAUCCCACGAGGAGUCGGAGUCUGAGAUCCUGAUCUCGGCCGAUGAUGAGAUGGAGGAGUCCGACGUGGAGGAGGACCUCCGGAGACUGACCCCCCUAAAACCCUCAAAGAAAAAGAAGCACCGCUUCGGGCUGCCCGUAUGACGCAUUCCCAAACCGGGGUUGGGUCGGCAGAGGGUCGCUCCACUGCGUCCCUCCUCCCCUUCUCUCUCUGCCCCCUUCUACCUCCUCUCCUCUCGCUGUCUCCGCCUGCCCCCAGACUGCUGUGACUUGCGAGGGAGGAUGCCAGCCGGGCCUUGGCAGCUGGAGGUCCCCACGUUGCACUACAAACACUGACCAAAUAUGCAAGCGAGGCGUGUUGUUUGUUUGUUGUCGUCUGAGCGGUGUUGUGAGGGACCCAGAAUCCCUGUCCUGCGUCCUGCGUCCUGCUGGGUGGCCUCGAGGAGGAAAACUCUUGUGCACACAACCAGUGGGUGGAGCCUUGCCUUUCGGGGGAGUGUGAAGACAUAACGUGUUUGGGGCUAAACGUUACUCAUUGACCAAGUUGGAACCGCGACGCUUUCUUAAUCAAAAUGGCUUUUGUAACUAUUGAUUUCUAUAGCAGGUUUUAUGAGCUGUCACAGUGUUAAUGUUUUUUGAGUAUGUGUUUAUUUCCUAUGGGACUAAUGGCAAAACAUAGAUUUUUAAGUCUUCCGUAUGCUGUUGACUUUUAUAUUUUUAAGUUAUAUUUUCAUACUAUUGUAUUUAAAAACUCUUUUUAAUCCCCAAAUAAAUGGGUUUGUUUGCCUUUCAUGGGACAUGGACUGGUGGGAGGAAAAAGUCGGGAGUCUUUUAUUUGGAACACUGUUAGGUAAUCUGUAAUCAGAUGAGGUAAAAUGAUUCCGGUAGGAAGGGAAAUGGGUCCUGUCUGAUCUCAGCAAACCCAGUGGUUCCGCGAAGGUCAGGCCUGAGCAGGAGGCAGCUGGUCUGGAUGUAGAUUCAGGGGCCUUGUGUGUGUGGAACAGGAAGGGCCCUGCCCAGGACCCAGCAGCUCCUUGGCAUUUCUGCUGGCAGGUUAGAAGUCUUAGUUAAAUGUGACCAAGAAAGGAGUGUGAGAGGACGUUGUUGAGUCCGGAGAAAUGGACAUUCCAAGGCCACUCUUGUUUGUCCCCCUCCCCGCCGCCUCUCUUCAGAGCCUCCAAAUCUGAGUUUAAAACGCAGCCUGGGCCUCCUCGCCUCCCACUGGUGCAGCCUUCAGAACUGGGCUCUGAACCCAACUCCGGAGACCUCCUCUCUGGCUCUCCAGUGCCUGUCAUUCUAGUGUCAUUGACUUGUUUUGGGCAACAGUCUAGAGAUUGCCUUCCUGACCAAGUGAUCCUGUUUUUCACAGCCUCCAAAGUUGCGGGGUGGCUGGUGGUGGAGGUGAGAGAGCUCACGCUCUGCGCCUAUAGGCAGGACGAGGUGCAUCUAAGCUUGUACUCCCAUUCCUCAGCGUGGGCACAGGCCCCAGUCACUUUGGGAGUCUACUGCCCGGCCAUGGAGAGGGCUGACCCAGGGACUUGCCCUGCUGUGGUGGAGCAGCCCAGUGUUUUGUCCCAGCCCAGAGGCAGCCAUGGAAGUUUAGGAAUAGAAAACUGUACCACUAAGGUGCAAGCUGGAAGUGAGACCAGGGCAGGGAGGCCACACCACCCAGAACCUUCUUGUUAGACCUCCAGGAAAAGGUGUCCUACUCAAGCAGAUUGGGUCUGAGUUGUGGCAUGUGAGCCAUGCUGUUGAACCAGGCACCCUGGGUUUGUCCGCUGCCUCCUGCAGUCCCUCCUGUCUGGGACAUAGGGCACAAGCCUUGAGGAGGUCUUCCCAGCCCAUCUUCUUCAAGGAGUCCAGAAGCAGGGGUGCUGAGAGGAGCUGGGACCUGAACGGCUGUGGGAGGUGACUCUGCUGGGUUAGGCAUCUGCAGCCGGAGGGGAGAGGCGAGGCCAGGCCAGGCAAGGCGGCUUGUGAGAUGGGAGCCUGUUUAUGCUCUCAUUUUGUGCUCUUCCCUUACCCCACCCUCGGCCGCUCCCACCAAUGAAGACCAGGGGCACAGGCCCCUGUCACUUGGGUCCUGGUGGAUGACAGGCAUCACUGACUUACCUUAACUUUGCCCUCCUGUUUCAUUUUGAACAACCUGUGGCUGCAGCUGUUUCCUAUACCUCGCUGAGCCCAGAAUCAGAGCUUCACUUUCAGUCUUGAGCUCCUAAUGUUUCCAAACCAAGGCCUGCAGUGUAGGGGAGCCAUUGUCUGUGAAGGCAGGAAACUGGGUUAUGCAGACCCCAGAGGAUCUCCUCGUCUCAAGGCUUGUCUUGGCACCUGCUGGGUAGUGGGUUUCGGCAACAAAGAAGUAGCCAGUGAGUGAUGGUUUCUCCCUGUAUCCUGAUUUUCUAAGGGCUUUGGUUCCUGGGCCGUAGUUGUGCAGUUAACCAAUAGGGCAUGGAUGAUGUCUGAUCACACAAGGCCUUAUUGGUGUGUGGGCCUGGACGGUCUGGCCUCACGGGUGUGGCCUUACCCUCCUCCUGACAUGCACGCACAAACACACACACAGAGUUUGUAUUCCCUAGGAGUGGCUCCUGCAGUUUCUGAGGGCUUUUCUGUGGUACACUGUCCCAGUACAGAGCAGAUGCAGAGGGCCAUGGUCAGGACUUCCUUCUGAGCUGUCCUCCCUCCCUGGGAUGAGUUUUCUCACCACCUGCUCCAAGGUGCCUUAAGAGGGGCAGCUCCUCACCCAGCCACAUGGCAAGUAUCACUGUGCUUGAGAAACCACAGAAUACCAGCUGGGUACUGUGUGCCAUCUGACUGAUUUGUCCAACUCUGGGCCUCAGCCAAGCCACCCAUCAUGGAAACUUGUAAGUCAAGGUCAUGAACAAGUUUCUUGUAACUAAUGGAAAUAACUCAGUGAGGUAGAACUGCCGUAUCUGAAUGAAGAGAUCGUGGUUGCUCCUUUUUCCUUUCAUUGCCAGUAGAUUGUUGACAGUGGCAAGGAGGUUGUUGGUGAGAUCCUGGGCAGCAGUGACUUCUUGGUCCACUGAGCCCGAAGACCUGCCAUGUGAAGGCCUGUGGCCCAUCAGUCAGCACACAGGGGGGCCUCCUGCCUCAAGCUUUAACCUGGAACAAGGCAUCAUGGGUUCGUGUUGCCCUGUCAUGCCUUUAAAGGGAAACUAUAUAAAGGCUCAAAUCCAAUUGUAUCUUCCCCUAGGCAGUGUGGGCCUGGAGGCUGCAGCCCAGAGUCCCAUCUGAAGGCUGCCCCAGGAGCCUGGAGGAAGCAGCAGGCUGGACUUCACUGGCCUUUUUGCAGCCAGGCCAAUGUAAAUGGCUCUGGGAACCUGCUGUCAGCCAGAGCAAUACCUUUUGGGGUGCAGGGCUGCCUUUAGUAGCUUCACAUGCUCCCAACUAGGAGUGGAGAGCUCUCUGCUUUAUCCUGUGGAACACAGGCAGCUCUGAAGGGCUUUACUCUCGGGGAGGGACCUUGAACUCCUGAGUGGGUGGGUGGGUUGGUUUAAUUUGAUUUCUCCUGUGAAGUUUAUUAGAAGUCAGACCAAUGUGAGCAAACCAUGGCCUGUUUCCACUGCCCUCCCCACGGGGGCGGUUCGUUAGUGGUGUUACGAUGCACAGAAACACAUUUUUGGAAUGGAAGGGAAGACGAUGUACUCACAUUGUAAAAUGGUUUACAAUAAAGUUUGACAUCUUAUUACAGUUUUUUAAAAAAGAAACCGUCA